UCUUCUAGUUCCAAGAGAAAGAGCCGGGAAAACAGGGAACAAUCACCCCCUCGUACUGAAUUAUUACUUCAUUUUUGAGGGUGAUCAAAAUGUCUACCGACACUGCAGCGACUGCUACGGCUUCGACGCCGGCUGAGCAGCCUGGAAGUACCGUUGCACCUGGCAUGCGCAAGAAUGGAAAGCAAUGGCAUCAACCUAAGAGGCCAUUUCGCCCCCAUGCGGGACUCACGAGCUAUGCCAAGCGUGCUGAGGAACGGAAACAACUUGCUGCUAUCAAGUCCAAGGAAAAGGAGAUGAAGGAUGAAAAGGAAGCCGAGCGCAAGCAACGCAUCCAGGCCAUCAAGGACAGACGGCAAAAGAAGGAGGAGAAGGAGCGAUACGAGAUGCUGGCCCAGAAGAUGCACCAUAAACGAGUCGAACGGUUGCGACGCAGGGAAAAGCGAAACAAACUUUUGAACUCAUAAAAUCAUCAUCAUUCCUCUUGACCUUUUCAAAGGUUCAUUAAAGCGGCGUUUUGGGAGUGCUGGCGGCAGAGGUUUAGUUCGCAAGACGGGUCUUUUCAGUUUCUGAAACCAGCAUGGAAAUAUUCAUAUACCUGGAGCAUCAGCACCUUCCUAAUUUUCUUCUGCCUCUCUUAUACAAUGUAUACAAUGCGGAGGAUACAAGUUCCAUGAAUGUUUAGCCCAUAGUGCAAUCUGGCAUUUAUCUACGCUCUGAGAGUUCUGCUCCUACUUCUCUCGCUCACUAAAGAGCUUUGGCAUACAUCCACACAUACUAUACAAUGCAGAUUUUCAUUAUGAACCAG